CCACCCCAAGCACCGCCGCCGCCGCCGCCGCCGCCUCCAAAUCCCAUCGCGUUCCACCGCAUCGUCGGCGGCCAUGUCCGGACGCGGCAAGGGAGGCAAGGGGCUCGGCAAGGGCGGCGCCAAGCGGCACCGGAAGGUCCUCCGCGACAACAUCCAGGGGAUCACCAAGCCGGCGAUCCGGCGCCUGGCGAGGAGGGGCGGCGUGAAGCGCAUCUCCGGGCUGAUCUACGAGGAGACCCGCGGUGUGCUCAAGAUCUUCCUCGAGAACGUCAUCCGCGACGCCGUCACCUACACGGAGCACGCCCGCCGCAAGACCGUCACCGCCAUGGACGUCGUCUACGCGCUCAAGCGCCAGGGCCGCACCCUCUACGGAUUCGGCGGCUGAUUGGGUCAAUCUGGUUCCCCUUCACCCCGUGGUGCCCCCUCCCAUCUCUCCCUUGUUGUCUGGCCGUGUUCACAAGUCUUGCGGUCAAGAAGAAAUUAGGAUGAAAAACUCGUGAAAUCCAACUUGUUUAGCUCGCCAUCUGGUUAUCAAACUGUGAAGCAAAUGAUGUUUGCAUCUGUGGUUUCAAUUGACUCAUUUUCUGUCCUAUUAUAUGAACCUAUUCUGAUAUUGACCAA